AUUAAACAACACAUUCAAUAUUCUGUGGGCGAUUAAGGAGAGAAACGUAAUAAGCUUAAGCUUACCAUGAAAACAACAAGCUACAUAGUAGAGCACUCAUUUUCGACUUCUUAGCCAUUCCACGCACAUUAACAUGGCUUAACGACUUACUUACUUAACAAACACUUUAUUUGCGCUCGACGCUCUCAACGCCAGUGCAUGCAAUGAACAAAAAAAAAAACAAAAAAAAACCAACAGCUUAGCCUACAAAAUUAAGUUGAUAUAAAACCAAAUAUCGCAACGGCGCCAGCGCCAAUCAGUUGUUGACGAAUUAAACGCUUGUACGUUGCCAUUGUACAUAUUGUAUUUACCGCAAGUAACGGUAAAAAAAUUUAAACGAGAAAAAACGCACAAUACAAAGGAUCCAUUAGCAAUGGCUCGUCUUGAUUGUUCGCACACAGUCACAAAAGUGGUAACGCUCGGUUUAUUUGUCGCCUGCCUGUUGCACGCUUCAACGGCGCAAUUGUCCUACCACACGGAUUCCAAUUCGAAUUCUUUCACCCUAAAAACUCCAUCCUUGCAACAGAGUUUCUCGCGCGUGUUUGGCGGGCAGCAGCAGCAGCAACAGCGUCAACAGGCAUCGCCUACAGCACAACAGCUACAACAAUUCGCACAACCACUUUCACAGCCACAAUUCCAGCCGACACAGCAGCCACAGCAACAACAAUACGCGCAACCACAACAAUACCCAACAGUUCAGUAUUCCAACGCCGCUGACACCCAGUCGCCCUACCAACAGGCGCUGCAAUAUUCACAGUCGUCUUACCCAUACAACCCCCAGUACUCGACGACUCAGUCAACAACACCCGCCUACGCUGGCCAACAGCUCGCCCAACAGCAUUACGCCCAAACACUGCAGCAAAUCCAGCAGCAACAGCAACUGCAAAACCAAUUGGAACAACAACAAUUGCUGCAGCAACAGCAGCAGCAGCCGCAGCCGCAGCCGCAUCGCUACUCGGCGCCGAAGUCUGCACAGCCAAAUCAGGUCGAUCAACUGCAAGCCGCUUACCUUGCCUACCAGCAACAGCAGCAGCAACAACAAUUACAGCAGCAACAAAUACAGCAGCAGCAGCAGCAACAACAACAACAACAACAACAACAACAAUAUGUUAGCCAGCAAGAAUACCAACAACAGCUGCUGCGUCAACUGUACAGCGAAAAUCGCCCAACGGCAGCCGCCUUCACUGCUGGCGGCAAUCAACAGAACAGCCCCAUUUACACCACCUCCGACUAUGCCAACUACAUGCAACAACAACAACGAUUGGCUGAACGGCAAUUCGGCUCGGCGCCAACUGCUGCCACCAUCACUGCCAACAAUGGCUUUUCCACAACGCCCAUCUCGCCCACCAUCGACAGCGCCAGCAGCACCACCGAAAAGUUGCUGGGCGUGCAGUACUCGCCAUCGGACAAAGUGUCGCACGUGAAAUUCUCCAGCGGCAAUCUGCAGUAUAACUUCUAAAGGACGCAUUAGUUACAUAUGCAGCUUUUUGUGUUAGAUAUUAUUGGUGUGCAGAUAUUAUUGGUACGCUGGAUGACGGAUUGAUGUGUGUACGGUGUGAACAUCCGACAUCCGAGGCAUACAUACAUACAAACCAAACAAAAAAAAAUAAAAAAUCAGCUGCAAAGGCAGUGAGGGUGGCAAGCUUUCGUUUACUACAUAAAUUCCUAUAAAUUUGGCAUCGAAUUUAAUCUCUCCAGUCUGUCUGCGAGGGUAAAUUAUUUAAAUCAUUAUGAGCCCAA